GUAAUGUCUUGUGUACUCUUAUCAAUCUUGUCGUCUCUUCUCUCCUCUCUCCGGCCCCCUCCAUUUCACGACCCACCGUCCAUCGAUUAUACUACUCUCCUUCUCUCUCUCUCUCUCUUCUUGUCUCUCCUGUAUUGUGCUAUGGAAUGCUAAACUUGAUCUCCACACAAAAAAGUAGGAACAUAUGUCCCCAUCAAUUCUCACCACCACCAGGUCCACCACCACCAUAUCUAUGGAUAUCCCCACUCCCAUCUCUCCUAGACCAGAGCAGCAGGUCUCACCAAAUCAUCAUUCAUUCAUCUCCUCAACAAUUCCAUCUUUCUCAUCAUCAUUACCCUAAUAUAUUCCCAAAUCGAUUAUUCAAUUCCCCUACUCCCUUCCUGGCCGGCUGCUCAUUAUAAUCCGCCCGCUGUAGUAGUACUAGCAUUUUACUAGUCAAAUUCUCUUCUAACUAACAUGACUCGGCUCUUCCGAUCCAAGUCUUGCGUAGUCCGCCGCUCCGUGGGUUCGAUGUUCAAUGUAUCUUCUCCGACUCCGUCUCUGUAUCUACCCAGAGGCAGCAAAGGCGAAGAUGAAGACGAAGACGAAGAAGAAGAAGGCGGCAAAGAUGAUAAUGAAGAAGAAGAAGAGGAGGAGGAGUACCCCGCUGACAGCCCUGUUACGACGCCGUUUAUAGGCCCCGAGUAUCGGUACAAUAUUAAUAACCAUAGGGAAAGGGUAGAGAGUGAGAAUGAUCAUCAUCAUCAUGAGCAGCAUCAACCGAUACUGGACAUUUUGGCGGCGGUGCUGAAAAAGUCUCUGGUGACUUGUACUACUAGUGUGGAGAUGGAGGAGGAGGUCAUGGAUAUAGGCUGUCCCACCGAUGUCCGCCACGUCUCUCACGUGACCUUCGAUCCCUUCAAUGGCUUUCUUGGCUUGCCCCUUGAUCUCCAGCCCCAGCUCCCUCCCAAGGUUCCUAGCGCCAGUUUAAGUGUUUUUGGAGUUUCUCCCAACUCAAUGCAUUGUUCCCAUGACCAAAGAGGAAACAGUGUGCCAACGAUUCUUCUUAUGAUGCAAAAGCGUUUGUACUCAGAGAGAGGCCUUGAAGCAGAAGGAAUAUUUCGAAUAAAUGCGGAGAAUAGUAAGGAAGAGUAUGCUCGGAACCAGCUGAACAAAGGUAUUGUGGCACGGGGAAUUGAUGUUCACUGUUUGGCGGGGUUGAUAAAGGCAUGGUUCAGAGAACUUCCUGCAGGAGUUCUGGAUUCUCUGACCCCAGAACAGGUGAUGCACUGCAACUCAGAAGAGGAGUGCACUGAACUAGUAAAAUUACUUCCUCCCACUGAAGCUGCACUACUUGAUUGGGCCAUCAAUUUGAUGGCAGAUGUUGUUCAGUAUGAAACCCAGAAUAAGAUGAAUGCCCGCAACAUAUCUAUGGUAUUCGCACCCAACAUGACCCAGAUGGCAGAUCCUUUGACUGCGUUAAUUCAUGCGGUUCAAGUUAUGAACUUCCUGAAGACACUGAUUAAUAAAACCCUUGGAGAAAGAGAAGAAUCAGCUGCACAUUCUCAUCCAUCAAACCUGAGAAUGGGCCUGUCACGUGGCCAAACUUCCGAUGGUUGUUCCAUUGAAGGACAUGCUGUUGGUUACCCUUUUAGUAGUACCACUUUAGACAGAUUGGAAUCCGAUGGCAUGGAGGAAUCUGGAGUUGCCAGAGUAAAAAUGAUGCCGAAGAGAGGUAUGAAUCAAUUUCAGACAAAAGCUCUGCUGUCAUGGGCAAAAGGGGAAAUUCGUAAAAUGGUAUGAGAGGUGAGUUUGAGGUAGUUGAAUAAUUGAGUGGCUAAGUUUGAAGAUAAGUCGGGAAACUUUGAUGGAAUCCUGUAUUCAAGUUGAGCAAGCUAGUUAAGAAGUCUGGAGGCCUUGAUCUUGUAUAAUAGGGGAGGAGGGUGGGGAAGCUUGGGCUUGAGAUGUAUGCAACUUGGGUUGGCCCAAUCCACUAAGUUUUACAAUGUUUAGUUCUGUGAAAAACAUUCGUCUAGCUUAGAUAGAUAGAUGCCUUAUUGUUUGGGUGUAGUCAUAGAAAUAUUUGAAGUUGGGGAAAUUUUCUUUUUUUUCCCAUGUUUUUACUGAAGGUUUAGAUAGAUGAACAUAGCUGUUGUCCGAGGGUUGUGCCUCACCUUGUAUAAUUUCUUGUAUGAUUAAUUUGUUGCGCAAAUUCAUGCACCAUCUGAGUAACAGUGCGGUAAGAUUUGUUCAAACA